AUGCAAUAUAAUUUUUCGGAAAAACUCAUUUCUCGACACAAUACUGAAAGAUCAAGAAAGCAGAACGUUGUGAUUCAAAAAAUAAAGUACCAAUGUUGGUCUGAAAUGAACCCUCUCAUUACCCUACGAAGCGGAAUAGCCAAGUAUGGGAUCAGAGAAUCCGCUAUAAUUGCUGAGAAUGGACUUUACAAGGCAAGAAAGUCGGAUACUUCUUGUAAAGAAAAUCAAACUGCGACACGACAAAACACCAAACCUAUCCUACCAAAAAGUGAAAACUCACAUUCAAAAAUACAUUUAGUCGGCAAGGGCUCUCGAUUUGAAAGACUUGCGGUUCAAGAAUAUUUAGGGCCCUUUUCUAAUCAUCGUUUCGCCAGACACAAGUUGGACUCUUCAUACGACGUAUUGCAUGCGAAGACUAACUACAUUGCAUUAGAAAAGCUCAAAAGAUCAGAUUCUUCUGCCCCACUGUUGUUCAACAAAUCUCAACAAUAUGUGGAGGAAAUGAUUCCGCUGCUGGUGACAUUGACUCCUCUUGAGGUCUCAGUGGGGCACUCAAAAAGAUCAUUCCCAAACGAAGUUUUUACAGAGAUUCCUCCUAUAGCUGAUUUUGGCCAGCACCCUAAACUCUUUAGCCCGUAUGUCAGUUCUCUGGCGCACUCAACGUUCUAUUACCAAAAAUCAUCCAUGCUCAACGGCGUUAUACCCAAGAUUCUUCGAAAUCUUAUGCAUCCUUCCAAUAUCAAGUGUGUGCAGCUCCGAACCGUUGAUGUUUACAAUGACGUGAUUUUCUUCUUCAGUCAGCGAAAUGAUUACGCAACCUGUCGGGAACUGUUUUCGCAAAUGAAAUUAGAAGGUAUAACACCGAGUACUAAGACCUUCAAUCUUAUGCUUCGCAACGUUUUGAAAAACUCGCAUAUAAGAAAACUGAGACUUCCAAUUAUUGAUGCUCUCUACUAUCUAAGGCAAAUGAAGCAUCAUGGAGCAGAAGCUGACUCCACCACUUGGGUUACCUGCUAUAGUUUGUUAUUGGAGGAUUUAUCUCGCGAUGUAUUUCUUGAAAAGCUGAUAGAGUGUAAAGUUCCCAUUACGCCUCAGUUAGUACUGGCAGCUUUAAGCUCAAGCUCGCAGAGCUCUUCCCAGGUUUUGCAAUUCCUAUCCACUAACUCUGUUCCGUUGAAUACCAAAUUGUUCAACUUCUGUCUGAAAAAGCUAUUGGACGAAAAAAAGUAUGAUGUAGCAUGGGCUUUCAUGGAGCAUGCUCAUAAAAAUGCUAGCUUCAAGAUAAAUCACGAAAGCUUGAACAUCUUCCUGAGAUGUUUUGCAGAGUCAGCAAGGCUUGAUCUGACGCUAUUAACAUUUAACUCAGCCAUUCAAAUAUACAAAGUGAAGGCCAAUCUUCAGUCUUUCGACAUGCUUUUCAAAGCGCUAGUUAGAAAUGGAUACACGGAGAACUUCUCCUUGAUAAUGAAGUAUCUGGAAAACCUUCGUCAACAACAUACUAACGGGGUCCAAGUGUUCAGUUAUUGGAUUCAUAAAGCUCGAGCAAUGGCAAUAUUCAAUAUUAGAAAGAAAGUGAGCGAGGGGAGCGUCGAAAAGGCUAAAGGCCUCUUGAAUAAUGCCGUUUGGGAUUCAAAGGGAAUGAAAUGGGAGUGUUGGAAUAACUGUAACUCUUCUCAGCGAAAAGUUUUCAGAUUCUUAGGAUGCGUACCGAAAAGUGUGAAAGCGGAGCCUAAGAAGGUACGUUUCAUUACGGGUUCUGUUGCAUCUGCCAAGAAGGAUAGGUAUAGGCAUAGAAUAAGAUCAGUGGCAGUUAAAAAUGCCAUGCUGAAAAGGCUACCUUACGCAGAGGAUCGAUAUUCAGCACUUAAGGCCGAGUUGCAGGGUAGAGGUAUUCUAGAGUAA